GAGGGAGGCGGCCAUUUUGGCUGCGCUGCGAAAGAGACGGGAGAGUGGGGAAACCGGGCGGCGGAGAAGGAGCGCCUUCGACCGGCUCCCUUCGCAGCCUUCGAAGCUCUCCAGGCCGCCAUGUCCGACACUGCCGGCGGCGACGGCCGCUCUGAAGAGACCGGCGAAGAGAAACAGGACACACAAGAGAAAGAAGCGGUCCUGCCUGAGAGAGCAGAGGAGGCAAAACUAAAAGCCAAAUACCCAAACUUAGGACUCCAGAAGCCUGGUGGCUCCGACUUCUUGAUGAAGAGACUCCAGAAAGGGCAAAAGUACUUUGACUCUGGAGAUUACAACAUGGCCAAAGCCAAAAUCAAGAACAAACAGCUGCCAACCGCGGGGACUGACAAGAACCUGGUGACGGGCGACCACAUCCCUACGCCUCAAGAUCUCCCUCAACGGAAAUCUUCUCUUGUCACCAGCAAGCUGGCAGGGUAACCUGCACUCCUGAUGGGUGUUUCUUUUUCAUUUUUGUUUGGGGGUUUCUGGCUUGGGUUUUUUUUUCCCCUCCUUUUUUUUUCCUUUGGUCAGACCGGUUGAACUUUGCUGUAUCAUAGGGCUGGGACACGCAGAACUCUCUCGUAGCUGCUGCUGCUGGAAAAAUAUUUACAGUAAUCAAAACCAGAAGCCGAGUCCUGGACUUGUUUGCAAUUCUGAUUGGAGUUUUCUCACCGCAGUCCUUGCCGUGCCCAGAUCCUCCCAGGUCAAAGUCUGCUUUCUGUAGUUCACAGUUGCUCUUCCCUCCAAGGCAGAAGAAAGCCACCAAAACCAGCCCCUGCUGUCACUUUGUCCUUUGUUGUGAGUGUGGGGAAAAGGAGUCCCAACUGAGCAGAACCCAAGGGAGUUUAGUGUGUUAUAAUCGUUCUAAGGAUGAGAAUUAUACUUGGUAUUUAUAUAGGAUCACCAGAGUGGGAGCGUACAAAGCCAGGUUUGGUAUUUUCAUCCCCGAUUGCUGGAGAUGUGUGUGCUGAGGGAUGUGUGCUGUGUGCUGUGAUUGCAAAAGAGAAGACAGUUCUAGAGAUUACCAUGUGAGUUCAUGGCAGAAGUGAGAUAUCAGAUAGGGAAUAUGUUGAACUUUAGUGGGGCUUCUACAUUUUAUCACCUCUCAUCGGAUGACUGGGAGCAAAGAUCCAUUUCCGCACCAAGAGUGACCAGCCAUAUCUCUCUGUGUAGGGCGUGAGGGCACCAGAGGUAGACUGCUGUCAAACACAGAAGUUCCAUUUUAGCUAUCCUAGCUGUUUUCAGUCUGUGAGGCCUGUCUGUUAGGGCUGUUUUUAGCUUCCUCUAAGCUAGAAACAUGGAGACAGAAACCAGUUAGUAGCUAGGCUCAGAUGUAUGGUCUCCAUCAGGUUGGGUUGUGUGUCUUUUUUAUCUCUUGGCCUAAUCCCUACAGGCAGUUACUUCCAAAAUCCUCAGCCGUUUCUUCCCAGAGAGGUCUGCCUCCAGUCUUGAAGGCCACUUGAAAGAACUUUUGGCCACGUAGAUGUUGGCUAUCGACAUGUCUGUUGCUGGGUCAGUGUGUCGUGGCACAAAACAGAUGUCAUGCUUGGUCUAAAGGGCAUAAGAUGACCCCAAGCAGAUAACAGAGCUGUUAUUGGAUCACCUUAAGGAGUGAUAAGGAGCAUGUAGAGUUUAUGGCUUUACAGGUUCAGCAGAUUGGGUGCUGGCAUCCUUGACAGACCUUAGUCAGGUAGUGGUUUGAACUAGGGUCAAGAGUGAGGUGUAUUGCAAGGGCUGGCUAUUGAUAAUUUCUGUCCCUCGUCCAGCUAGCUUAGUCAGUUUUAUUCUGGGGGCAGACUGCAGUUUGUGAACAGAACGGUGCUUCCCCUAGAAUUUUAAAAAUCAUGUGCCAAGAAGUGAAGGAAUCAAUAAUCCAGAUCCAUCAUGGGAAUCCUACAACAGGGUGGGCAACUGUUAGGCAUUGGGUGGGGGUACUGCAUUACAUCCCCUUGGGAGAAACCUUGGAGGGCUACACACUCCUGCCCCCUCCAAAACAUUUUUACAUCACUUCUGAUUCGCUACUUCUUUUUUAAAGGCAUCUCCUGGGCUUGAAAUGGCCAGGGAGCAUCUAAAACAUGGUGAAAUAGCCCCUCGCACCUCUUAGAGGAUGCUUGGGGGCAAAACAAUUGACCCAAGGGGGGCAUAAAGUAGCCAUGGGGGCACAUGUGGUCCAGCCCUUCUUGAACCACCGGAGGAGUGAUUUUUAAGCAUUCACUUAGGAAAAAAAGAAUCCAAGCCGAUCCCUCACCUUCUGGCAAAACAACAAAGCACUGCCCUAUAGUUCUCCCAGCCUCUUUUCUUACCCCAAAGGGCUCAACAUGUCAUUCUGUUCAUAACAGAAGGCUAGGGAUGCCAUGCUAACUGCAACCUUCACCUGCUGCCCAGUGCUGUCCUAUGCCAAGCCCCAGGAUAGACACAGCCUCAUCCGUUACACCAGGAGAUGGUCUUCUUCCAAAGCAAUCCUGAGGGCCAUUUACUUCUCCACCCUUCAAUACUUUUUAAGUUUGCAAGUACAGAUGUGUUCACUGUUUGAGUGAAAUGGACUGCCCUGAAGGGUGGUAGCCUCUCCUUUGGAAGCCUUUAAAACAGAGCUUGGGUGGCCAUCUCUUGGGGGUGUUUUAGUGGUGCAUUCCAGCAUGGCAGGCGGCUGGACUAAGUGGCCCUUGUGGUCCAGCUUUAUGAUUCUUUGACCCCAGAAGUGAGUCCAUGUGUUGACAGAGGGCAUCAGGCCCCAGAAGAUCUCUUUCCUUGUAGGAAAAGUUUGAAAAUUCCCACAAAUGAAAGAUCAGAUGGACUGCGUGCUUGGGAUCAUUUGAGUAGCAGCCAUUUCUUUAGAGCCGAGGUGUUCUUCUCAGAGAAAGGACAAAAUACCAGUACGUCAUUGGAGGGUAUUUAUUUUAUUUAUUUGUAUUUAAAAGCAAGUGGCUUUCCCUCCCCUUCUCUGUAGCUCGCCUACAAGAGUUUGGCCGGACUGAAGUUCUGCCUGGCUGUGUGUGUUAGUCUCAGGGGUAAGACGCUGAACAAGAAAUAGAAUCCCAAAACAUGGGGAAUAGUUAGUCCCAAUGGCAUUUCUGGGCCUUUGAGGGGAUCUGGGGAAAUUCUCUGCAAAGGAAUAGCAUAAGAGAGAAGGAUUGCUGGUUAUAUUUUGCCUUUUUCAGAUGGAAGGUUCUUUAGAUAUAGUCAUAAAACACAAAUGAGCCUCGUGAAGGAGAGUUGGACUCGUGCCCUUCUGAGCGGUGGCAAUCCUGCCCAGCUUCUCUUUAGUAUUAGCAUUUUCUCUAGGCGUCCCUGAGGACUAGAGCCUUCAUAAGCAAAGUUGCGGGAGACUCCGUUCACUACAAAACCCUUCUUUCUGUGCAGCCCCAGGGCUCUUUGUUCCUUGCAGGUCCUCUGCCCCACCACCAAACGGCUGUGGAUUUCACCAGAAAGGUUUUGAAGCAGUGAAGCAUUGGGGAUUUGUGAUGGAGGAAUGAGUGUUUUGCUACCCUUUGGAUUCAGAGAUGUUUUGUCUGGUGGUGAUCUUGGAUUGGGGUCAGCAAGUAGCAUUGAACUAUUCUCUCUCCUUCCUCCAUUGCUUCAUAUCAGUCUCUGUUUUGGUCUCAAGGGUUAUUUAGGCUUCAUCUCUGUGGGCUGCCAGCUGUAGAGCUGGACAGUAGACCUGGACAGAUUUCUAGCUCAGUUAGCUGGCCAGGCAGGGUAAGACAUUGAGAUCAGUUUUGAGAGACACUUAUCAUAACAAAAAUUCAGGCAGCUCUGUUGAAUCGUACCAAAAAAAUAAGCCACAGGUGGUUUGCAAAGCUAAUGGCUCUUAAUGGUCUGCUCAGCCAAACUCUCCCCUAACACUGGGCAUGGUAGCAGAGUGGUUGGCAUGGGUGCAUUCUUCCUGAGCACAGUCCAACCGCAGAGUCCGAUGCCUUUGCAGCUACACGCAGAGAAAAAUAGAGAUGCUUGAGAGGCAGGUGGGCUAUGAAGCUGCUGGUCUUGGUGCCCAGAAUGUCCUGGCACUCCAACUCCAUGAGCCUUGGCCCCACUUCCAAUAACACUGGCAGGGAGGUUGGCUUGAAUGGUCCUGGUGCAAGGAGUCCUUUUCUCCCUCUUGUUCCUGCAACAGACACCCCAGUCAGGCUCAGGGGAGUAAGAGGCCAAGCAUGAAGGAUGGAGUGCAGGCCGGCACCCGCUUCAGCCAGGAAGGAAGGGCAGUGUCAGAAUGAGGCUGCUUCAGUCUCUCUAAGCCAUAAUGGUGUCUCCAAAUAAAACCUCUUGCCAUGGUCAGGGGCCUGUGACUUUCUGUGUAGGAAGGGCACUGUGCCUUCUGGUUUGGGUCUCUGUAUGUCUAGAGGUUGGACCUGAUUUCUAAACACUUUUGCCCCCUUCUCUGGUGCUCAUUCUUCAUGGGCCCCGUCCUGAUUCCCUGGGGGUGGGUGAAGGGUUUUUCCAUCCUUGUAUUUAUUUAUUUGUUGUAGAUUUGACUGCUUGCACAUAGUAACCAUCAAUAGGAAUAAUUCCUGUCAACAGGUUGAGUCUCCCUUACCCGAAAUGCUUGGAACCAGGAGGAUUUUGGAUUAUGUACAUAUACAUCAGGAGAAAUCCUGGAGGUGGGACCCAACUCUAAACCCAAAACACAUUCAUGUUUUGCAUACGCCUCAUAGCCUGAAGGCAGCUUUAUGCACAGUAUUUUAAUAACUUUGUGCAUGAAACAAAAGUGUGUGUACGUUGCGCUGCUGGAAAGCAAAAGGGGUCACUGUCUCAGCCACCCAUGUGGACAAUUUUGGCUUCCGGAUAAGGGGUACUCAACCUGUAUUAGCAAGGGAAAUGUUCGCCUUUCCUAAGUUUAUAGCACCAUUGUAUUUCUUUCCUCCUAUUCUCUAGCUUCAGUCUCUUCAUGUUAGCUUGGCCCUCGGUCCUGCCUCCUAUCGCUGCCUCUUGAGUUUUUAGGUGAGUCAGUGGCAUUUGGAAGUGGAUUCUCCAUUUCUUUGUGGCUGUUCCCCCCAAAAGGCUCAUCUUCUCCUCCUCUUCCGGAGGCACUCCAGCUUCUUCUAGGCUCCUGCUCUUCUCCAACUCCUUUGAGCCCGUGCCGUUCUGCUGUUUGUCCCAGCCAUAAUGUAAAUAGAUAUGAAUCAUAUAUAUAAAUAUAUAAAUAUAUAUAAUUUUGUACAUCACUGUCAUCUCUAUCUUCCAGUGUUUUGCUUUUUUUCUAACAAAAUGUUGGGUUGGGGAGCAAAACGCCAAACAAAAACCCACGCCACGCACCGCAGCCUGCUAUAGCGCACCACGGACUCCCGUUUGGGCUUUCUUGUUAACAGGCUUGGAGUUUAAAACGGCUGUUUCGGCAGAGGCCAACCAUUUUGGUCCCCUCCUGUUUUUGCUCGGGCGUCGGGAUAGUUUUCUUGGUUGUGUGAAGGAAAAGAGCCGGAGUGUGAAAACGUAAGCGAGAACGUUUGGAAAUAAAGUAACCCUUGUCUCAA